CCGAGAAAUAGCAUCAUCGUCCUUCUCUGGAUGAGAACGAGCAUCUUCGGUUGUGAUCUGGGAGAGUAGUUGCCUCAUGAUUGGUGAUUAGGCUAUACUGUACCACUGAUACAUCCUUGAACAGAGGAACAGAGAUCGACAUCCAGCAGCACAAUGGCUAGGAAUCGUAAAGACAGAGACAGCUGGGGCUCGUUCACAGAUAAAGGCAUAUAUGAUUGGAGCUCAGAGGAGGAGGAGCCAGAUGGGAAGGCGCGGCCUGUGCAAGUGCUGGUUGUCAAGGACGACCACUCCUUCGAGCUGGAUGAGGUGGCCCUCAGUCGCAUCCUGCUGUCGGAGGAAGUGAGGGACCGUGAGGUGGUGGCUAUUUCAGUGGCCGGAGCUUUCCGGAAGGGCAAGUCCUUUCUCAUGGACUUCAUGCUGCGCUACAUGUACAACCAGGCUUCAGAGAAUUGGUUGGGUGAUCCGGAGGAGCCUCUGACUGGGUUUUCAUGGAGGGGAGGAUCUGAGAGGGAGACCACUGGAAUCCAGAUCUGGAGUGAGGUCUUCCUAGUGGAUAAACCAGAUGGGACGAAGGUGGCCGUGCUGCUUAUGGACACCCAGGGGACAUUUGACAGCCAGUCCACUCUGAGGGACUCUGCCACAGUGUUUGCCCUCAGCACCAUGAUCAGUUCCAUGCAGGUGUACAAUAUCUCCCAGAAUGUCCAGGAGGAUGAUCUUCAGCAUCUACAGCUUUUCACUGAGUAUGGUAGACUAGCCAUGGAGGAAACAUUCCUGAAACCAUUCCAGUCCAUGAUCUUCCUGGUGCGGGACUGGAGCUUUCCUUAUGAGUUCUCGUAUGGUCAGGAAGGAGGGAUGAAGUUCCUGGAAAAGAGACUAAAGAUCUCAGAGAACCAGCAUGAGGAGCUGCAGAACGUGCGGAAACACAUCCACUCCUGCUUCACAAACAUCUCCUGCUUUCUGAUGCCUCAUCCAGGCCUCAAGGUGGCUACCAACCCACACUUUGAUGGACGACUUCAAGAGAUUGACCCCGAGUUCACCAACCACCUGCGUGUGCUGGUGCCCUGGCUGUUGAGUCCGCGCAACCUGGACGUCAAGGAGAUCAACGGCAGCAACAUCACCUGCCGAGGCCUGCUUGAGUACUUCAAGGCAUACAUAAAGAUAUACCAGGGGGAAGAACUGCCACACCCCAAGUCCAUGCUACAGGCUACAGCUGAGGCUAAUAACCUGGCAGCUGUUGCAGCAGCCAAAGACCUCUACAGCAAGAAGAUGGAGGAGGUGAGCGGUGGUGAUCGUCCCUUCCUGGCACCCAGCGAGCUGCAGGCGCGCCACGUCGACAUCCGGCAGGAGGCGCUGGCUGUGUUCCGCGGCGUCAAGAAGAUGGGCGGGGAGGAGUUCAGCCGCCGUUACCUGCAGCAGCUCGAGGCGGAGGUGGACGAGCUCUUCGUGCAGUACAUCAAGCACAACGACUCCAAGAACAUCUUCCAUGCCGCGCGCACCCCCGCCACGCUCUUCGUGGUCAUCUUCAUUAUGUACGUGGCUGCGGGCAUCACAGGCUUCGUGGGCGUGGACGUGAUUGCCAGCGUGUGCAACAUGGUGCUGGGCCUGGCACUCAUCACACUCUGCACCUGGGCGUAUAUCCGCUACUCGGGCGAGUACCGCGAGCUGGGUGCCGUCAUCGACCAGGUGGCUGGCGCACUCUGGGACCAGGGAAGUACAAAUGAGGUGAGUCCACAGGAGCAAAUCAUCAACUCUGCCCUUCAUAGUCCAACAUCUGGAGGCAUUGGUUGGGCUCUUUACAAGCUGUACAACGCAGCAGCCAAUCACCGCCACCUUUACAACCACGCCUUCCCUGGCCAAGGGCAGGAUCAGCAGGAGGAACAGAACAGAAGGAGGAACUGAGCGGCAGACCGCAAAGGAUCAAAGGAAGGUCUGCAAGAGGUUCAGGUGGGAGGCAGUGUUUUUUUUUUUUUACAUGUAAUGACCCUGGAGGAAGUGGACAACACGUGAGAGGCCUAGGAGAAAGAGUGUCUUUACACAGUCAUUCUCCUUUCGUCCCCAAGUGUCAGAGCUGCGACUGAGUCUAAUCUGACUGGAGGCUGCAGCAGAACAUCAAGAGACAUGGUGGAGACCAGGUGUUUGGGGAGUGUCUCUUCCUCGGUCAAAGAGUAGAGCAUCUGAACACACACACCCCACUAAAGUGUACAGUAUCGGGCAUCUGCACACUCUAAAAUCAGGGUCAAAACGCAAAAUCUUUGCCACCAACAUAUUUCAGCCUGGACACAAACAUAGACAUAGACAGGAUUUCUUUUUUUUUUUUUUUUAAAGCGAUCACCUACUUCAGUCUUCAUUAUGCCCAGAUCACAGACUUUGUGUAAUACUUCAGACCAGACACCGAGAGCAACUCCUAUCACCUUUCAGAACACCAAUUUUCUUUGUGAAUGAAUAAUGUAUCGUAAUUAAAUAGAUUUUCUUCCUUAAAAUACAGGGGGCAUAAGUAAGGACACCCCUAUGUUAAAUUCCCAUAGAGGCAGGCAGAUUUUUAUUUUUAAAGGCCAGUUAUUUCAUGGAACUGGAUACUAUGCAUCUUCAUAAAGUUCCCUUGGGCUUUGGAAUUAAAAUAGCCCCACAUCAUCACCAUACCAUACCAAAAAUCCCAUCCCAAAUGUCAACACACUUUCUUUUUAUUUAAAUGUAGUGUAUUUUCUUGUCUUUCCCAUGUUGAAAAAACUAUAUAUAAAAGGAAAAUGCUUCUAUUACAUUACAAGAUUUUCUAGGGGGGGGCAGUAAUUGUGGGCAACAUGUUUUUGUUAAACAUAUUUAUUUCUUUGAGAUUUUCCUUUUUCUCAGAAUAAAUUUGCUAUCCCUUCAAGGUUGAUUUUUUUCUCAUUAUUUUCAUUGUAAGAUUACAAUACAUCACCAAAACAUUAUUUUUUAUACCUGUUUUCAGUCGAACUUUACCAAAGGUGCCAAU